GGCUAUUCCUUGGCAGAAAUGGCGGCGAGUCUGACGGCAGCAGCGGCGGCGGCGGCGGCGGCCGUAACGGGAGGUUCCGGCGGUCCCGGUGGAGGCGGGACAACAGGAGGGGGCUCUGGUAUUGGAGGUGUUUCUGUGGGAUUUUAUCCGUUAGCGGGGUCCUUGCCCCCUAGUUUCUCAAAUGGACCUCAGUGGAUCACGGGGACCAUCCAACAGCAUACAGUGCGAAGCCUGGACCGGGCCUUGGAGGAGGCGGUGUGCACCGGCAUCCUCAACCUGAGCGGCCGCAAGAUGAGGGAAUUUCCGGGCACCGGCUAUGACCUGGCGGACACAACGCAAGCAGACCUCUCCAGAAAUAGGUUUACAGAGAUCCCACCAGAUAUCUGCAUGUUUGCACCACUAGAAACCUUAAAUUUAUAUCACAACUGCAUCAAGUGCAUUCCAGAAGCUGUCAGAAAUCUUCAGAUGCUGACGUACUUAAAUAUCAGUCGGAAUCUUUUAUCAACAUUGCCAAAGCAUCUCUUCGACCUGCCGUUGAAGGUUUUGGUUGUCAGUAAUAAUAAACUCGUUUCCAUUCCAGAGGAGGUUGGGAAGUUACGAGAUUUAAUGGAACUUGAUGUUAGUUGUAACGAAAUACAAGUCCUUCCCCAGCAAGUAGGGAAACUACAUUCACUCAGAGAAUUGAAUUUAAGAAGAAAUAACCUUCAAGUGUUGCCGGACGAAUUAUCAUCGCUACCUUUGGUAAAGCUGGAUUUUUCUUGUAAUAAAGUUACGGAGAUUCCAGUAAGUUACAGGAAACUGCGCCAGUUAGAAUCAAUAAUCUUGGAUAACAAUCCGAUGCAAAUGCCUCCAGCACAGAUAUGCCUGAAGGGUAAAGUGCAUAUAUUUAAAUUUCUGAAUAUACAAGCUUGCUGCAGAUCGGAAAAAAAGCCAGAUUCUCUCGACUUGCCCUCGUUAGUGAAACGACUGCCUUCUCAGCCCCUCACAGACAGCAUGGAGGACGUUUAUCCAAAUAAAAACCACGGUCCUGACUCUGGGAUUGGAAGUGACAAUGGAGAUAAGCGGCUGUCGACUACAGAACCAUCAGAUGAUGAUACAAUCAGCCUUCACUCUCAGGUAUCUGAAUCAACAAAAGACCAGGCACUGAAAAACGACAAUCACUUAUUGGGGUGUAAGCUUGAUUCCCAUAAAGGACUGGAUCAGGAGAUUUAUGACUAUGAUCCAGGUGCGGAGGAAAACUCUCUGUCUGAGCAAGGGGAUGUGCAACUCAGUGGCCCAUUUGUCUCUUAUAUUAAGGAACGGGGAAGAGUGACUGAUAAGUCUGAUAAAGUGGAAGAAAGUGAAGAAUGGGAAGAAGAGAGGAGGCUGCAGAAGGAACAGCUUCUCAUGGAAGAAGAAGAGGAGGAGGAUGAGAUAAAAGAAGUGAUGGAUCUAAGGAAAAUAGCAGCACAAUUGUUACAACAAGAAAAGCACAACAGACGAAGACCAUUGAGUUAUAAAACUUCAUUCAGUGAAAAGCUCUUCCAAAGGACGAGAGUAGCUGGCCGAGCAUUAAGUGUCCCUUCAGGAGAUAAUUCCCAGUUAUCACCAUGCAGGUGGCAGGGGUCCGAAAGGGAUCAUUCUGAUGAGCAAAGUUGUCCAGAUGCAGAGUCUGCAAUAUUUCACUCAGAAGAGAGGCGAAGAUCCAAACAGACGCGGAAAGAAUACUUCAGGUAUAAAUCUUCUCGUAAAUGUUCCAGCGGAAAUGAAAAUGAUGAGCGGCACAGUGCAAAUGUUUCACCCUCAUCUCCCGUGUCAUCGGAGGACUGUGAAAGAUCUCACAGUAAUUCCCCAACUCCAUUUGGGCUGAAACCAAGGUCAGCUUUCAGUCGAUCAUCUCGACACGAUUAUGGGUCAUCGGAUCCUGGAUUCACAAUGAGAAGGAAAAUGGAACAUUUACGAGAAGAAAGAGAACAAAUCAAGCAGCUGCGUAAUAAUCUUGAAACCAGGCUAAAGGUCAUAUUACCAGAUGACAUUGGAGGAGCGCUAAUGGAUGGAGUGGUUUUGUGCCACCUUGCCAACCAUAUACGACCCCGUUCCGUUGCCAGCAUUCACGUUCCAUCACCAGCAGUGCCUAAACUCAGCAUGGCAAAGUGCAGACGAAAUGUAGAGAAUUUCCUCGAAGCCUGUAAAAAACUUGGUGUUCCGCAGGACAGACUUUGCUUGCCCCACCACAUCUUAGAAGAGAGGGGAUUGGUGAAAGUUGGCGUCACGGUUCAAGCCCUGCUAGAUCUACCUUUAUUGAAAGUGUCGCAGCUUUCUUCAGUGUAG